AUGACUGGGAGACAGCAACGCGACGUCAAUGUUAAAUUAAAACAACUUCUGAUGACAUGCAAGCAAACUGAUUCCGUGCUCGACUCUAAUAAAGAUACUGCGAUUAAACGACAGCUGGAGGCUUUAACAAAUGAGGUAGAGACAUUGAGACGAGGCAUAGAAGGGUUGAAAAUCGACCAAAAAUUGAACAAGGACGAAGUUGCUAUGUGGAAUUCUCAAGUAGAGACUGAGUUAGAGAAGGCAGACGACAAUGUGAAGCACACGGAGAAAUGGCAGGUCGAUUGCAAACUGGAAAAGGAAAGAAAUGCUUUUGAAAAGAAAUUGAAAUACAAGAUAAAACUACACGAAACUAAAACUCGAGUCCAAACAUCAAGCGAUGUUGGAAAGUGGAAGUUCGUUCGUUCUCUCAUAUCUGAGAGAACUUCUUGGAGACAAUGUCAGUGGUGA